GACUCAGGUCUAGAAAUAGGGGCGCGGCUGCAGGCAGCAACAGCUGCAACCCAGACAGGAACCCGGCCGGGUGGAGCUCUCCGGGUCCUCUUCGCUGCUGCCUGACGUGGUUCCCGGGACUCCUGCCUGGACCCGGCUAAGUCUUUCCAGAGCAAGCGGCCUGGGGUCCAGUUCUGUUUGGUCGCAGAGAGAGCCGUGGCUGCCUGAGGGCAGGGACCCUUCAGCAAGGAGGAGGCGACUUCUGGGAAGGGCCACCGUCCCUCCCGCACCUGCGCGGUCUGGAGCAGGCGCUGCGCUGCUCGCCGACAUGGCAGAGCCCGCCCCGUCCCCUCGCACUCCGCUGUGUGCCUCCCCUGCCCUGCUGUACCACACGGGGGACAGCUCUCUGCCCGAGGACGGCGUCGCCGCGAAGAUUCGGAGAGCGCUGCAAGGAGGGAGCCUGCUGGAGGUGAUCCCCGUGGUCAGGGAGACCCUGGAGACGGCGUCCGGCACCCCGCUGAGCGUCGCUGUGACCGGGGAGUCCGGCAACGGCAUGUCGUCCUUCAUCAAUGCGCUGCGGGGCCUAGGCCACGACGAGGCUGCCUCGGCGCCCACGGGGGUGGUGAGGACCACCCGGACACCCAGCUGCUACGCCUACACUCAUCUCCCCUCCGUGAUGCUGUGGGACCUGCCCGGCGCCAGGCCGGCCACCCUGAGCCUGGAGAGCUACCUGGAGGAGGCGCAGCUCAGCCGCUUUGACCUCCUUGUCGUUGUCGCGUCCGAGCAGUUCAGCCUCAAUCACGUGAAGCUCGCCAAAGCCGUCCAGGCCCUGGGGAAGCCCUUCUACGUGGUCUGGACCAAGCUGGACAGGGACCUCGGCGGUGCCCUGUCAGAGGGACGGGUCCUGCAGGACAUUGGCGAGCACAUCCGAGAGAGUCUGCAGAAGGAGGGUGUGCGGCCGCCCCCCAUCUUCCUGGUGUCCAACUUCGACCCCUUCCUGCACGACUUCCCGCAGCUUCGGGCCGCGUUGCAGAAGGACCUGUCCGACAUCAGGUUCCGCGGCCCCCUGGAGUCCCUGUCCUCCCUCUGUGAGAAGGUCAUUCAGGACAGAGUGACCUCCCUGAAGGAGAGCGUAGCCGCGGAGGACUUCCAGAACAUCCUUGGCCUCCAGGACGCGGACGACUUGGAGCAGUGCCUGGAAGCCUACCGCUCGCUCUUCGGGGUGGACAAUGAGUCUGUCCAGCAGGUGGCCCGUGGGCUCGGGCCACGGACCGUGGAGCUCAUGGCCAUCAUGUCGUCCCGUGACCUGCGCAUGCUCUGCAGAGGGGACUGGGUACUGAGGCUCCUGACUUGUCCUGCUGUGAUGGCCUUCGUCAGGCUCCUGGGAGACAUCCCAGUCUUGGGGGACCUUGUCAUCCGCUGCUUAAGAUGCACAAGGCACAGACGGCUCCUCCAGGCAGUUUCCCAGGACGCCAGAGCCCUGGUGAGGAGCAUCCUGGAGCAAUCUGUCCUCGCGGCUGAGGGCAGCUGUGGUCCAGAGGCUCGCGGAGGGAGGCAGGUGGAGGUCUGGUCUCGGCACCACUCCUUCUCAUUCUUUGUCUCCUUCCUGUUCCGCAUCCCCAAAGCCCAGCUGUGCGGAGGGCAUGUCCCCACCUGGGGGUGGGUGGGACUGUGGUCACGCUCCUCCUUGAAUCCUGUUGGGUGUGGGGUCGGGGACCCCGGGCAGCCCUUCCUGUUCCGCAUCCCCAAAGCCCACCUGUGCGGAGGGCGCAUCCCCACCCGGGGGGACCGCACGGUGCCAGCAGGAAAGGCAGGGGCACCAGCAGCCCAAACUGUCCCCCAGGUUUGUCUGGUCACGGCCUUCCUUGCACACCGAGAGCCAAACACCUACAUUCCUCGCAGCUCGGGGGAGGAAGCCCAUCCUCGCGCAGGAGAGGUCUUGAAGGCCAGCAGGUGGUGUGGAGGCUCCCGCAUGGCCGGCUGCGCUUCAACGCGGGCUGUUGGGGUCACAGCCCACACGGCCAGCUCUCGGCCUGGUUUACAAGAGCUCCACGCGGCGCUGUCUGUGCUCCGGCACCAGGAGGGGAAGGGCCUGUGCGCUCCCCUGGCUGUCCGCUGGAUCGUCAAGCGCCCUCUGCGGCUCACAGACAUGGGUCAGUUCAUUUCCUCGACACCUAAGGAGGACAAUGACAUGGCCUACAGCGUUGACAAGUUUUUUAAGACUUUCAAGAUGGAAAGUAAAAUCAUUCCUGAGGACACCAUCAUUUUGAUUCAAUCCUACCUGGAGAAGGGGGAUGUUCAGAGGACAGUGUCUAUAAUCAAUGAAGCAUUGAGGGACAUCGAGAGUGCGCCACUGAACAUCGCAGUGACGGGCGAGACCGGGUCGGGAAAGUCUAGCUUCAUCAAUGCCCUGCGGGGUAUCGGGCAUGAAGAAGAAGGUGCAGCCCGCAUUGGGGUGACAGAGACGACCAUGAGGAGAACUCCAUACACGCACCCAAAGUUGCCUGCGGUGACAAUCUGGGACCUGCCUGGCUUGGGGAGCACCAACUUCCCUCCACAGAAGUAUCUGGAGGCGAUGAAGUUCGGUGAAUAUGACUUCUUCAUUAUCAUCAACUCUACACGCUUCAAAGAAACGGACGCACAUCUGGCCAAAGUGAUCAGAAAAAUGAACAAGAAUUUCUACUUUGUCCGAACCAGGGUAGAUAGUGACGUAGACAGUUUACGACGAGGUACACCUAGUACCUUCAACAGGGGCCGAGUCCUGGGGGACAUCCAAAAGGACUGUCUGACACAGCUGCGGCAUGCUGGCGUGGUCGACGCUCAGGUCUUCCUAGUGUCUAACCUUGAUGCGUCUGACUACGACUUCCCAGCGCUGGAGACCACCCUUCUGAGGGAGCUCCCUGCUCACAAACGCCAUGUCUUCAUACAGUGCUUGCCGAACAUCACCGAGGCCGCCAUCGACCGGAAGAGGGAUUCCCUGAAGCAGAAGGUCUGGCUGGAAGCCCUGAAGGGUGGAGUCUUGGCCACCAUCCCCUUUGUGGGCGUCGUGUGUGACAGCGACGUGGAGAAGCUGCAGGAGACCCUAACCCUCUACCGGUCUUACUUUGGGCUGGACGACUCGUCCCUGGAAAAGAUGGCCAAAGACUUGCACGUGUCGGUUGCACAACUCAAAGAAAACCUGAAGUCUCCCCGUUUGCUGUUAGUUGAGAAGGAUGAGUCCUUAGGGGAAAAGCUGUUGAGAUAUGUGGAGAUAUUCUGCUCUGUCAAUGGGGGCCUCCUUGCCACUGGUCUUUACUUUAGAAAGAUUUUCUAUCUGCAAAGUUAUUUUCUUGACACUGUAGUGAGUGAUGCUAAAUUUCUCCUUAGGAAAAAGGAGGUUUUAAAGGGCACCAUGGGGUCUGGGAAGGCCUGAGGGAGUAGGGGGAGGAGGGCAGUGGGCUCUGGCUCCAUCCCGGAGUCCCCGUGGUAGUGAGGACAGCAGUCUUAUCGUAGUGACCAUAGCUUAGGGCUUCCUGCAUGCAGCCUGGCCAGACUGGCAACUCUAGACAGGGUCCUUCUUGGGAAAAUGAGGUAUAGGAAUCUGGAAUUUUAUGUUAGGAGAGAGAAUAGCCCACACUAGGUUUUGAAAAACUAAUUUUUUGAAUGAAUGUGGACCUCAUCUGCUUCUCGUGUUCUUGGUAUGCUCCUACGAAUGUAUACUUUUUAGCACGAGUAGACCAGGUGAUGCUGACUGACACCCAAGUUCCUUCAGGGCUAUCAUUGUAUUUGAUAAACAUGAAAGGUGGUGAACUGGAUGCGGUGUGACAGAAGCACAAGAGAAACGUGAGGGUGUUUGUGAGAGGAGCCUGAGCACAGGCAGGGAUGCGGCCCGAGAUGGGUGAGUGAGGUGACAGAUGUCAUCGUUACUACGUGACAUGUUGUGUCUGAGCAUAAGAGGUUAGAGAAUAAGAGGACAGAGGAUGGUAGUGAAGAUAACUGUAAACUUACAAAGGGAAAGGGCAGUCAAUCCCUCAUCUAGUAAGAGAAUUGUAGGAGCAUCUAUGCCACGAUGCAGCUUGUCGCCUGCUGUAUUUGGAGAAAUCGGGAAGUUCAGUGCUCUGCAGGUAGAAUUGUAGAAAAAUAGGCACUGUUGUAUCAAGGUUGGUUUGCCCAGUGCAGGUUUCAAGUCCUAAAAUCGGGGGCCUGGAAAUCACACCCGGUGGUGCGCGCUCACGUGUGUGUGUGUGUGUGUGUGUGCAUGCGCAUGCCAAGAUCUGGAGAGGAGAAUGGAGGAGACGGGACUGCAGUGUGGCCAUCCCCCCGGGGGAUGAUUUCUCACUUCCCCUUUCCCUUUCUCUGUCUCAGGCAAGCACUACAAUGAAAGAAUGCUGUUCUUAUGCCAAUAGGCUGCAGGGAGGGGCUUGACAAAGUUCCCACCCGACAAAGCUGGGACAUUUCAGAAUCCUUAUGCAUGACCAUGGUGUGUCGACAAUGGAUGAAGCAUGGGAGACUGUCUAAACGCAGGGUCAUGAUGACAUUAGAAUAAACUCAUUGUUCAGCUUCGA